UCAUUACGUCUCCAUCCAGACUUCAUCUCCUGCUCAGAGGUCCCCCCUCGUCAGUACUACUAUGUUAACAAAGCUCUGAACUGGAGUGAAGCUCAACAAUACUGCAGAGAGAAAUACACCGACCUGGCUACGUUUGACAGCAUGGAUGACUUGAACAGACUGAAAGCAGACUUUUCCUACUCCUGGGCUUGGAUUGGUCUUCAUGAUGAUCCAGCAGCUUGGAAAACAUCCAUGGGAAAUGAGAGCAACUCCUGGAGAUGGUCAGCAACAGGACAAACCAGCAGGACUGGAUUCCAGUCGUGGAGCAUUAACUGUCCAGAUUACUGGAAAGGAGAGGAAACAUGUGCAACAAUAACUAAAAAUGGGGUGUGGAACGAUGAUCUCUGCGGUUUCUCCUACAGUUUUCUGUGCUUUAAUGGUAAGACAAAAUUUCUGGAUUUUUCCGAAAUUGUUACAGAUCAAAACAAGAAAAACUACAUUUAUAUCAAUCAAGCAAUGUCGUGGAGUUCUGCUCAGCAGUACUGCAGGGAAAACUACAAGGACUUGGCAAUGAUCGAGAACCAGGAGGAAAACAUGGAGGCUCUGAAGGCUAAACCGUCCAGUUCUACAGUCUGGAUUGGUCUGUAUCGAGAACCCUGGACCUGGUCUGAUGGAACCCUGAGCUCCUUCAGAAACUGGUAUCCCACUGGAUUAAACAACGUCAACGAAAGCCAACACUGUGUUACUGAGAAUCCCCAGCAUCAAUGGGCCGAUGAAUUCUGUGACGUCCCAUGGGUUUUUGUCUGCCAUCAAGUUUCAAAGAGGAAAACCACUUUGAGGAUGAAAUUCAACACUGAUGCUGACAUGACCGACCCAAAAGUCAAAGCCCAGAUCCUGGAGCAGCUUCAAUCAUUGCUGAGCAGUGGUGGAAGGACAGACAUCAAACUGCAGUGGAAGAUUGAACCCAAGGAAUAGAACAGAGAACACAACAUCUCUGUCUGAUUCACACAUCCAGUUAUUUUAUUCAUCAUGAAGAAUCUCAUUUAUGCAUCAAAUCUGAACAUUGUUUUUCUUUUUCAAUUUUUGCUACAACUACAAUCAUACAUUUGGGGGCUCCUCCGGGAUGGAGUUUUUCAAAUGAACCAGGAAGAUUUUACUGAACUGAA